UGAUAAUCGGGAGGAAUCUUAAACACGAGUCAGUUAUGAAACGAUAAUAGGCUAGGCGGACCGUGAAGGAUUCGAACAAUUAACAGAAUCAGGGCCGGCGAUAUAGGAUCACGGCCGUGGAAGGCUCGACAAAUUUCCACCAUCAGUUUUUCCGUUAAUCGCCAAAUUUCGUGAUUCAUAUAAAACCGGCAUCGGUGGACACUGGACGCGCUCUGUUAACCCAAGGACUACUGACUAUCACACAAAUAUGGGAUGAGAUAAACCAAGAUUAAAAUUUUAAAUACACGGAUAUACAGAUUCGCACAUUCCACAGACGCCAGACGAAACGGAUUAACGAACGGUUUAAGAUUAUGUUAAGAAUAUUGUUCUUCAAGGGGGGAUUUCCAAGUGCAGAGUCUAGAUUCAUAUUUGAGAUAAGAAAAAAGAUGACGUGAUAGAGGUUGAUGAUGGAUACGACUCAUCCUUUAAAUUUAAAUUUAACAUGGCCGAAUGCUGCCAAAAAGACCACCUUCAGAAGAGGUUGCCGAUUCUCAACUGGCUGCCCAAAUAUAGUUUGGACUUUCUCCUUAAAGACUUCAUCGCCGGAUUGACCGUUGGCUUGACUGCGAUCCCUCAAGGAAUCGCGUAUGCCGUUGUAGCCGGGCUUCAACCUCAGUAUGGGCUGUAUUCUGGAUUCAUGGGAUGUUUUGUUUACAUGAUACUCGGCAGUUGUAAAGACAUAACAAUUGGGCCGACUGCGAUAAUGGCACUAAUGACACAGAAGUACGUAGAAUCUCAUGGAGCCGACUUUGCCAUUCUUAUGGCUUUUCUCUCAGGAGCCGUCAUAUUUGUACUGGGGUUGUUAAGGCUUGGGUUUUUGGUCGAGUUUAUAUCUAUGCCGGUUACUGUCGGUUUUACUUCAGCUGCCGCAAUGACAAUUGCCUCGUCACAGAUAAAAGGCUUGCUCGGCCUCCCAGGGAAAACGCACAGCUUUGUAGAUGCCUGGAUUAACGUUUAUGAGCACAUAACAGAACUGAGAAUUUGGGACACUCUCCUUGGUGUCUGCACAAUCAUAAUUCUUGUGCUCUGUAAGAAAUUGAAAGAAGUUUCAGAAACUUGGAAUGGUGAUACGCCUCUGAAACAUGGAAUAAAAAAAGCCGCUUGGUUGCUAGGUUUAGCUAGAAAUGCUGUUGUUGUAAUUGUUGGCACCUUGCUCGCCUAUGUAAUCUCACUUUAUGGUUUGCAACCUUUUCUUCUAACAGGAACGGUCGGUUCUGGUUUACCUCCUUUUCGUCUGCCUCCUUUUUCGACAAAAUCUGGAAAUGAAACUUUAGGUUUUAUCGAUAUGACUAAAGAGAUGGGUUCAGCAAUUGUUGUUGUUCCUCUUAUUGCAAUUUUAGAAAGUAUAGCCAUCGCCAAAGCUUUUGCAAAAGGGAAAACUAUAGAUGCAACUCAAGAAAUGAUUGCAUUGGGUAUGUGCAAUAUUGCAGGAUCCUUUUUUAGUUCAUUUCCGACUACAGGGUCAUUCACAAGAACGGCUGUGAAUCAUGCUUCUGGAGUUGUCACACCUUUUGGUGGAGUCUUUACAGGUGCCCUUGUUCUUUUAUCAUUAAGCUUUCUAACAUCCACUUUCUAUUUUAUACCUAAGGCAACACUAUCCGGUGUUAUCGUGUGCGCCAUGUUUUACAUGGUUGAGUACCAUGCAGUCACAAUGCUGUGGAGGACUAAAAAGUUGGACCUGGUUCCUUUAGCAUGUACACUCUUAUCAUGUCUAUUUUUCGGCUUAGAGUAUGGAAUGCUAGUAGGAAUAACAGUUAAUCUCCUUUUUAUCCUCUAUCAGUCGGCUAGACCAUCUGUUGCUCUCCAGUGGCUUUGGGUAUCUGAGGUAGAGGUUCUUUUGGUAACACCGACACAGUCCCUCGUUUUCCCUGCUAGUGACUACAUCAGAGAAGUCAUUCUCCAAAGUUGUGUUGCAAGGAGAAGUUCAGCAAAAGUCGUCAUUGAUGGUACUCAUAUACAUUACAUUGACUCAACCAUGGCUAAAGGUUUGAAAAUGAUUGUAGAAGAUUUAAGAGCGAGGGGUCAAGAAGCUGUGUUCUGGAGGUGGAAGGAAUCUGCAAUGUUUACUGUUUUGGGAUUUGACCCUGACCUAGCGACAUACUUUCGCUUUGAAGACUCGCUGGUCCAACUUAUCAGAGGACCUACUAGGGAGUCUGGUGAUGGCCAAGGGGAUUAUGAAAAACUACCCACAGCUGAGGAUGAUUCUAUGCCAAAGGCAUGAUCACUCUAUCAUUUGUGAUAAAACCCUUGUCAAAAGCCUGAAUCUCCAUGAAAAGGAAACUUACG